AUGGCGAAAGACCAAACUUCUGAUGUGGCUUUUUUGCCUGCCGUCGCAACCGACCUCGUUCUCGGGAAGCGUCAGAUUCCUUCCCCUGGACCGGGCGAGGUCUUGAUUCGCAAUCACGCCAUCGCUGUAAACCCGGUCGACUGGAAAAGACAGUCAUGGGGAUUCAUGAUCUCCUCGUACCCAGUAGUACUUGGCGCCGACAUCAGCGGUAUCGUUUCCCAAGUCGGAUCAUCUGUCACGGAAUUCAAGCCUGGCGAUCGUGUCCUUGCGAUUGCUCACUCAUUUUGUUCAGGCAAUAACGACAACGGCGCAUUCCAGAACUUCACCAUUGUUAAUGCCGCCGCAACUACUGCCCUACCUCAUGGAAUGAGCUUCCAACAGGGUGUCACUCUGCCGACAGCCGUAGGCACGGGGGCCAUAGCUCUAUUCGAUGUGCUUGACUUGCCCCGACCUACUGUCGGUACAGUGAAGAACUUGUCUGAGCCUGAGUCCCCCGUCAUCUUGGUAUGGGGCGGUGCCUCGACCGCCGGGUCUUUGACUAUCCAGCUUGCUCGCCUGACUGGACUCACCGUAUACACGACAGCAAGUGAGCGCCACCAUGACUACCUACGCUCGCUUGGUGCUAGCGUGCUCGUCGAUUACCACUCGCCUACAGCUGUCGAUGACCUCCUCGCUGCAGCCAAGCUGGCUGGGACGCAAAUCAGUUACGCUGUUGAUGCCAUUUCCACAUCAGAGACCCUCGCCUCAGUCUUGCAGAUACUUUCCAAGUCGACCGAAGCAACCAAGAAACUGGCGCACACAUCACCCUGGCCUGAGAAUAUCGCUACGCCUGACGGGAUCGAAACCGGGGCGAUCAGAGGAGACGCUUUGGCGGACCGCAGACUGGAUCUAUGCGCCUGGUUGUUCAAUGACACCUUGCCAAAGUGGCUUGAGCGAGGUGACAUUGUGCCAACCGCAUAUAGAGUCAUUGACGGGGGACUGAAUGGACUCCAGAAUGCUUUGAACGAAUUGAAGAAGGGUGUAAGCAGAGAGAAGCUUGUGGUCGAGGUUUGAGUUUUGGGAGACUGUAAUGACAGAAAAGAAGCAAGCCUAGAGCAUAUCGCCCGGGAAACUUCAGUAGCACCUCAAGAUAGAAAAUAUGCUCAAUGCUUCAAAGGUUGCCACUCUGGUAUGAU